AUGCCGCCGCGCUACAUGCGCCCCACGUUCUCGUCCAUCCUGCCCGAGUACGCCAACGCCGAGGCCGACCAGAUCCGCAAGGCCUUCGUGGCGGGGAACUACGCCAACAUCCAGAAAAUCCCCGCGCGGCUCCGGAACAACGCCGUGAACCAGGCGCGCUUCGAGAAGAUGAACGAGAACCGCCUCACGCAGCCCAAGGGCGGCAAGAACGCCACCAGGGACGGCCUCUUCAACAAGUUCGAGUACACGCCGUCGCGCUUCAGUCUCGCGGACGGACAGGCUCACAUGGAGCGACUGCGCUCCGAGGCCAAGCGCACGGAGAUCAGCGGCCAGGACUUCGUGAGCGGCUGCGCUGCUGCUCGACUUAAGCAUGAGGACGCCUUUGGGGCGACAAACUUCCACUACCCGCACUUGCACGAGCCGUACCCUGACGUCAAGGAGGAGAAGAAGCACCAGCGCUACCUCGAGGAGAAGAAGAUCCUGUAUGGAGCCUUUGUGCCGUGUGGUCAGCGCCCUCCGGUCGACGCUGUGACGCGGAAGCUCAUUCCGCAGAUCAUCCAAGAGAUUCACGAGGUUAUCGCCGCGGACUGGCAGGACCUCGACUUCUCCAUCUCUCUAGCUCGGGACGAAAACCUCGUGGUGCGCUUCAACCACGUGUCCACCGAGUGUGAGAACGGACUUGUUGCCUACAUGAAUGUGUUCUGCAAGACCAACCGAGUGGCGAGCAAGUACGGGCUGCAGAAGGUCGCGGAGGACUGGAACGCCAAGCCCGGUGACGGAGGGCUUUACUUUGCGUUCCGGCCACCGUGGGUCAAGAAUCGCUCCAAAGACCUCAUCAUUUUCGUUAAUAACUCCGCAACACCUCGCGGCAAUCAAUAG